AUGGCGCCGCGCAACGAGGAGCAUCCGGAACAGCGACCGCUCGUCCAGCGUCUCUUCUCGACAUCGGCCCUCUCCAAGCGCUCCUUUCGUUCGCAUUCGUCCUCCUUCGAGGCCGACGACGAACGAUCAACCAGUCCUUCAGCCGCCUCGGGCUUAUUUGAUUGGACCAUGAAUAACAGCACCAAUGACGUUGCUGGCCCCUAUGGCGACGAGGCCGGCCGCGACGACUACCCGCCGCCGUCCUAUCCCGGCGAGGACACCCGCCCGACGAGCCCAAAGGAGCUCCGGGGCUGGUACAUGUAUGCCUUCGCGGCGGAGACCUAUGUGAUCUGCGCCAUCGCCUCCUUUAUCCCCAUCCUCCUCGAAUCCUUGGCCCGCGAGAACGGUGUGCUGCUCUCCGACCAUACGACGCCAUGCCGGCAGUCCUACGACAAGACGCCCAGCGAAGACAGCGGGCAGUGCGUCGUCUACGUUCUGGGCAUCGAGAUCAACACCGCCAGCUUCGCCAUGUAUACGUUCAGCGUCAGCGUGCUGCUGCAGGCGCUGAUCGUCGUGAGCAUCAGCUGCGCCGCCGACCACGGCAACUACCGCAAGAAGAUGCUCUUGGGAUUCGCCUGGAUCGGCAGCUGCUCCGUCAUGCUCUACAUCUUUGUCAGCAAGUCCACCUACCUGCUCGGCGCGCUGCUGGCCAUUGUGUCCAACACGUCGUUUGGUGCGUCCUUUGUGCUGCUGAACUCGUUCCUCCCGCUGCUCGUGAGGCAUCACCCGAGGCGCCUGCAGGAGGACCUGGACGCGAGCCAGUUCGCGGCGGUACCUGAGAACGACCCGGAAGCAGAGGAGGGCAUGAGCGGGUCGACGGCGGCGCUGCUCCCUCGGCAGGGGACGGGCGCGGACAGGGCGAGCCUCAGGUCGGCCAAGACGCACGAGGAGAUGACGUCGCUGGAGCUGCAGCUCUCGACGCAGAUCUCGGCAAAGGGAAUCGGAAUUGGGUACUGCGCGGGCCUGUUGGUGCAGUGCUUGGCUAUCUUGGUGCUCAUCAAGAUGAAGAACUCUACAUGGGCACAGAGACUUGUGCUCUUUGGCAUUGGAGUGUGGUGGACCGUCUUCACGGUCCCGGCCGCUAUGUGGCUACGACCCAGACCGGGGCCGCCUUUGCCCUCCACGUCCAACCAGACGGGCAUCCGUGCCUGGGUCUCCUACACCCUCUACGCGUGGAAGUCGCUGUUCCGGACCAUAUCGCUGGCGCGGAGGCUACUUGAUAUUGUCCUGUUCCUCGGCGCCUGGUUCCUGCUGUCCGACGCCAUCGCGACCACGUCGUCGACGGCCAUCCUCUUUGCCAAGACGCAGCUGCGCAUGGAGCCGUGGGCGCUGGCCAUGAUCAGCGUCAUCUCGACGUCGGCGGGCAUCGCCGGCGCCUUCUCGUGGGCCUUCAUCUCGCGGCGCCUCGGGCUCAAGCCGCACCACACCAUCCUCGCGUGCAUCGCCAUCUUUGAGCUCAUCCCGCUCUACGGCCUGCUGGGCUACCUGCCGUUCGUCCGGGGGUGGGGCGUCGGCGGCCUGCAGCAGCCGUGGGAGAUGUACCCGCUGGCCGCCGUCUACGGGUUCGUCCUGGGCGGGCUCAGCGGGUACUGCCGGUCGCUGUACGGCGAGCUGAUCCCGCCCGGGUCCGAGGCCGCCUUCUACGCGCUCUACGCCAUCACCGACAAGGGGUCGAGCGUGUUCGGCCCGGCCAUCGUGGGCGCCAUCAUCGACGCCUCGGGGGAGAUCCGCCCGGCGUUCUGGUUCCUGGCGUGCCUGGUCGGGUUCCCGGCGCCGCUCAUCUACUUUGUCGACGUGGCCAGGGGCAAGAGGGAGGGCGAGAGGAUGGCCGAGGCGAUCGAGGGGUUCAAGGUCGGGGGUGGUGGUGGUGGUGGUGGCAGUGGCAGGAGCGAGAACGGGAACGGGAGCAGUGAAGGAGAGGGGAAUAGGAGGGCGUUGCUCGCUGGGGUGGAUGGUGAGGACGAUGACGACGAUGGGGAGGAGACGGAGAGGGAGAACGCGGGUUUGCGCCGUUGA